AGUCCAAUGAGUGGCUUAUGACCCCUCUCGCUACCGCACUAGGACCCCCGCAUACUCACGAAUGCCGUGACUGUCUUUUUCUUUGGGUAUCCUUCAUUCUUCUCUUUUCCUUUCUCUCACGGACACCUGGGAUAGUGGUAGAGGUGCUGUCCAGGCAGGCCUCCAUAGGUGCCAUCCAUUGCUCCCACUGGUGUAUCCGAAAGGGGAUUCUAGUAUCAGACCAUAGUGAGAGUCAUGCCAAAAAAGGUACAGCCCCGGACUAACAAGAAACCAACAAUGGAUAGCGUGUUAUUGAAAGAAUAAUGGCUAAAGUCAGUGGUUGAAGAGGGGAACGCAUGACCCCACGUGGGAAGGGGACGUCACGGUGUUUGUACGAUCAACAAACAGGAACGCCAUCGGCCAUUGGAUCCACGAUACUGAUUCGACUCCAUGGAGUCCAUCACAUCCCAG